AUGGCCGAAAAACGGAAAAGAGACGGCGAUGUGAAUGCGUCUGCAGACCGAGGCGAUGCGUCCAAAAAACCGAAGCGAGGCUUCACUGUCGGACCGCAAAAUUUGCCCGAUGGAGUUUACAAACGCAAGAACCAAGAGAUCAAACAAUCACUCAUCGACCGUGCCAAGAUCAAAAAGAACUACGCAAAGCUAAGAGCGCAAGCGCAAGUCAACGACGAAGAAGAAUCAAUCCCGAUCCCCGCCUCGGCCGCUUUCGACGAUUCAAUACAAAUCCCCGAACCCACAAAUGCACCUCAUCCCGAUCGGCAGACUUUGAUUGACCGCGAAGAGGCUGAACCGGAAGCCUCUCGCAACACCGAGCCUGGACCACGACGGCGGCGACCCAAACCCGCGCCAUUCAAGAAAGAGCACGAGGAGGGCCAACGAAGGCUGGCUGAGGCAGAGGAGCGGAGGGCAGCACGCGAAAAGGCGGAGCUUGAGCGUAAGACCAAACUGGAAGAGCGGGAAAGGUUUCGCACAGCGAUGGCAAAGGCGCGGACGGGUGGAAGGAAUGGGCAGAGAAAGUUGGGUCGGGAGAGCCAACCUUUACUCGAAAGGGUGAAGAGGAUGAUGGGAGCGGAUGGUGGUUGA